GCAAACCUCGCCGCCGCCGCUGCCGCCGCCGCCGCCUCGCGCGGAUUCCCGCCCCGGCCUCUCCGCCUUCCCCUGCGCCCUCCACUCCUGCCAUGGGGCUAACUUGCGGCUCUUAAGAGUUGCCGCUUCUGAGCAGCGCACUCUCCCGCCCAUUUCCCCGCGGGCGGGCGAUGGCUUAGGGCGCCCGAGGGGCCAGCCUAGAGGUAACGGGAAGGGGAAAGGACGGCUGUCUGGGGAGUAAGAGGCCAAACGAUGAGUUUCCACAAGGAGGACGGAGUGAGCAGCCUGUGCCAGAAGGCGCUGCACAUCGUCACCGAGCUGUGCUUCGCGGGCCAGGUGGAGUGGGAGAAGUGCUCGGGCAUCUUCCCCCGGGACAGGGGCAACCAGGGCGGAAGCAGCACAGAUAUUUCGGUCAGCUUGUUGGCGGUGGUUGUCAGCUUUUGUGGCCUGGCCUUGUUGGUUGUUUCACUUUUUGUUUUCUGGAAGUUGUGCUGGCCUUGCUGGAAAAGCAAACCGGUGACUUCCAACAUCAGUACCCUUCCACAGAGCAUUUCAAGUGCUCCUACUGAAGUUUUUGAGACUGAAGAGAAAAAAGAAGUUAAAGAAAAUGAAAAGCAAGCUCUAAAAGUUAUUGAACCUGCUAUAAAAAUCAGCCACACUUCCCCUGAUAUCCCAGCAGAAGUCCAAACUGCUUUAAAAGAGCAUUUAAUUAAACAUGCACGUGUACAAAGACAAACUACUGAGCCUACGUCUUCAUCCCGCCACAAUUCCUUCAGGAGACACCUACCAAGGCAAAUGCAGGUUUCCAGUGUUGAUUUUAGCAUGGGCACAGAACCCAUUUUACAAAGAGGAGAAACAACAACCAGCAUUGGGAGGAUAAAACCAGAGCUCUACAAACAGAAAUCAGUUGACUCUGAGGGCAACAGGCAAGAAGAUAUCAAAACCUGUGGGAAACUUAACUUCACACUCCAGUAUGACUAUGAAAAUGAACUUCUAGUUGUUAAAAUUAUCAAAGCCUUAGAUCUCCCUGCUAAAGACUUCACAGGCACUUCUGACCCUUAUGUGAAGAUGUAUCUUCUUCCAGAUAGGAAAAAGAAAUUUCAGACCCGUGUGCACAGAAAGACUUUAAAUCCUCUAUUUGAUGAAACUUUUCAAUUUCCUGUAGCAUAUGAUCAACUAAGCAACCGAAAACUACAUUUCAGUGUAUAUGAUUUUGACAGAUUUUCUAGACAUGACAUGAUUGGGGAAGUGAUUCUUGAUAAUUUGUUUGAAGUCUCUGAUCUCUCCAGGGAAGCCACAGUGUGGAAAGAUAUUCAUUGUGCUACCACAGAAAGUAUAGAUCUGGGUGAAAUCAUGUUCUCCCUUUGUUAUUUGCCAACUGCUGGACGUAUGACAUUGACGGUCAUCAAGUGCAGAAAUCUGAAGGCUAUGGACAUCACUGGCUCAUCAGAUCCUUAUGUCAAAGUGUCUCUGAUGUGUGAGGGCCGAAGAUUAAAAAAGAGGAAAACAACUACAAAGAAAAAUACUCUAAACCCUGUGUACAAUGAGGCCAUUAUUUUCGAUAUCCCUCCAGAGAACGUGGACCAGGUCAGCCUCUCCAUUGCGGUCAUGGAUUACGAUAGGGUAGGACACAAUGAGGUCAUAGGAGUGUGUAGAACAGGCCUGGACGCUGAAGGUCUUGGGCGAGACCAUUGGAAUGAGAUGCUGGCCUAUCACCGAAAACCAAUAACACAUUGGCACCCCUUGCUGGAGUUACCUGGCCGAGCAACCAGUUUUGAUAGUCAAGGAUCCUGUCCAUCACCCAAACCACCUUCCACACCAUAAUGCCUCCAAAAUAAAGACCAUUAUAAUAAGGAACCAGGACUCUGUGCUCAUCAGAUCAGAAAAAGAGUGGAAGGUUUGAUUUCCUCAUUUAAAAUAUAUCUUGAUAAUGAACAAACUUGACAUAUAAUUUUUCAUUUACUUUUUUUGUCUGUUCAUUAACUUUGGACAUCUUGAUAUAUUUUACUUGAAUACAAAUAUACCUUACUUGCAUAAGGCAUUUUAUUCUUCAUGUCAUAUGCCUGUUAGCACAAAGAGUGUUUUCAUUAAGUUGCAAUUCUUUGCAUAAGUAAAGAAAUGCGUUCCUUUAAAAGAAUCUGUAUUUAUCUAAAAUUAAAUAUAGUUUAUGCUGCUGUUGUAUAAAGUAGCACAUGUCACGUAUGUAUGGUUUUGAUCUUGUUACAACAAUGUUAAUCUCUAGUUGUGUAGAUGGUUCCAUAUAAACUUUAAUGGAAAUUUUGAACUUAACUUACACAGCAUUAAAUCCUUGGGCAAAUUAGUGUUACUUAUCUGAUAAUAUAUUCUUUCAUUCUCAGCAAAUUACAUCCUCAGUGAGGUUUGGCUCUGCUAAACUCAGAACUUGUUUCUCAAGCUCAUUCUUUAAAACAUACAGAUAAUGUUAUAAUUUAAAGAACAAUUUUGAGUUAAAUUUAAGAAGUAAUACUUAGCAUCUGGAAAAUGGAGGUUGAACCAUUUGGGCUACCAUUUUAUACUGUCUUAAUGUUAUUACAUUAGUUCAAACAUCUGUUGAACUGUUAACUGAUACUUUAAAAAUUCUAAUACUCUUUAUCUCAAAUGUAGCAUUAGUAUCCCUAAUGAAUAGAAUCAGAAAUUGUUUAUUUUUUAAGUGUUUGUAAGGUUCUCAAGUACUCUGACAUGUAUAUUUUGUGACAUGAAACUAUCAUGUAGAUCCCUAUUUCUGACAGAACAUACUAACAGACACCAAAGGGACAAUAAAUGUCUGUGCUCAUUGUCAAUUAGAUUGUACAUAGUAAUGGUGACUUUUAAACCCAAUCAGAAACUAAUCACUAGAAUUGGUUAUUUUCCUAAAGAAGGGAUGACUUAUUUUUCAGAAAAUUACAUAAAUAUACCAUAAAUAACAUAACUUCCACAUUUAAUAAAAAUAAAAAUAAUUCUAAAGGCCAAGACACAUAGUCCUUUCAUGAAAGGAUCAAGGAUCAGGCCAGGAGUUGUAAAAACUAUGCAAGUGUUUUUACAUGACAGGACUUUCUUUUAAAUCAGGUCAACUUUUUAUUGUCUCCUUCAUUUCUGGGCCCUAUCAGAAGGUAUCCAUAUUGAAUGACCCCAAUCUUAUUUUUGAGAUAUAUAUACUAUGGAUAGUGCAUAUUUCAAGAUUAUCCUAAGAUAGAAGGUUAAAAGAACAACAACCAAAAAAAGAGCAGGAAAAUCUGUACUUAGAAUAUAAAAACAUAUUCAUCAGAAUGAGAAAAUUUUAUCAGCAGUUAUAAAAUUUUGAUUUUAGUAAAAUUUCUUAUUUCUAAAUAUUAAAAAUUUAAAAGCUGUGAAAUUUUGUUUGUGGCAUCUCUCGUAUGAUGGCAUUACUGUUAAUUAAGAUGUAAAUAUUUUACACUUUAACACCUUAAAGGCAAACACAGUUCCCUAAAAUUUUUCAAGAAUGCCUGUAUCAUCCUAGUAAAAGCAAGUAUUUCUAGAUAGCAUUAGCUGACAGAAAAUAAUAGAAGGAAACUGUUUGAAAAUACCUAUCUACCUUAUGAAGCCUAAAAGAACCAUUUGCUAUAGACAGUCUGACUGAAGAUGACAUUUCCAUUUUGGAAUUCUUUGUUUUACUAGGAAAUAAAAAUUGUCAAAUGGGAAGACAAGUUAUACUCUUAAUAAAAUGACAUUUUUGCAGACAGAUGUUUUAUUAGUAGAUAUAGCUGCAGCUUACAAUUAGGUAGCAACUAUAUUUCCUGAGCAUAAUAAUUAUUUUCAUCUGAAAACAUAUUUUAAGGACUUUGUAUGCAUUCUUAGAAACUCUUGCUUUUCUUUGCCUCCUAUGGAGAAAAAGCCAAUGCUUCUGAUGAAAAAUACAAACAACCAGCCAAACAGGAGACUUUACUAUGGGGAUUAUGGAUUAAAAUAUGAAUAUGUUUUUAAGGUAAUUUUUAAAAACUGUUUCAUAGGGACUAGAAUAAGCUCAUCAUGCCCAAUAUUUGUUGAUCCUGUGAGGGAGAUGAAGGAGAAACAACCACAACUUUUUCAUGCAAUGCAUGAGGGAGGUGUACCCUCCUAUCCAUAAAGUGUGAUCAUUUCAGAGGAUAUUUUAUGUUAUAAAGACAUAAUCUUACCACUUUCAAUACAACACACCCUCAUUCUCUACACAGACACAUCCAUGCAAACCUAUAUUAUCCUCCUCCUGUGUGUGAUUGAAGAAGGAAUGUUUUUAAUUUCAGUAUUUAAAAUAAAUUUUGAUGUUAUAGAUAUCCACCACUAAUUUGUGUGGGACGACACAUUUUGAUGAGAGCACUGACCCAUUCUAAAGUCGAAGUUUAGGUAUAUAAUGAACACCUAAUUUCAGGGACUAUUCAGGGACUUGUCAAACCUAAGUCUAGGGAAAAGGAGCAAGUCUUGAUUCAUUAUGUAACAAUACUAAUGUUCUUUUUGGUUUUUUAAUUUUAUUUAUUUAUUUAUUUGUGUAUUUUACCCGAUUCACUAAGUAAUCAGGGGAAUGAGGAAAUUUAAUAUGAAAAGUAUGCUAAUGUUUGAGGAGUGUACAAUCUUCUCAGAAAAAUCUGAAUGGAUGCUUUUUUUUUUUUUACAGUGGUUUCUUAAUAAUAUGUUUCUUGACAGUUUUAAUUUUGUUAGGCUAGCCGUUCUGGAAUUUUGUUUCACAUGUAAAAACUCAUGAUAUUAAUAUAGUCACAAUUCAGUAAAAAAUAUCAUUAUGACUAUGCCAGGGAACUAGAGACGGGAAUGCAGAGCCAAGCAUCCACUUUCUUAUGCAGUUUUGGGGAGUGUGUGCAUGUUCUAGUUACUGCAGGGAGAUCACAACUGAUCAAUACUGACUCAGGUUUUAGAUAAAAGCAAAUAUUUGAACCUAUUUGAUUGUGAUAAUUAACUGGCAUUUCCACCUGUGUUUAUUUUUAUAUAAUGUUUAUUAUUUUAAAAUUUUGCAGACUCAAUAAGGAACUAUCAAUCUCAUAAGACUUUAACUUAAUAAUUGCUUUAAAAAUGAAAAAGCCAAACUUUCACUCCCUUCUCAGCUUUUGCUAUCCAUAAAACAGAAUAUAACUUAUUUCAGAAUGAGUUCUCAAAAGAGCCAAAGGCUAUUAAUAAUAAAGGGACACAAAAUCUUAACUUUGAACACAUGGUCAUUUCUUUACCUCUUUAAAAAGAGUACUUGAUGUUAACUAAGUAGAUAUAUUUUCAUGGAAUGCAGUUCCAUCUGAUUAUUUCUUGCCACCUUUGUUGUGAUUAUUACCAGAUAAUUUAAUUACCUGAUAAUUGAAACAAAACAAAACAAAGAAAGAGUUGAUAAGGAGUUAAGAAAGUCAUUCAACCUCUACUAAAUCUAAAGAAAAUGUGGAGAUCUCUUUUCUUCACAACUUUUCUUGAAGCAGCUCUGGUUGUUCUGAUGUACUUUAAUUGAUCUAAACUUCUAUAGUUUUUAGGCUAAGAAUGUAUUGCUGCCAGUAAGAGAUGAUGCAAAAGCACAGAAAGUAAAUAAUUUAAAGUGAAAGUCUACAUAACUAGAUGGUAGUUAAACACAGAUUUUAAAGCACAUAGAAAUAAAGAUUUUGAAUGCAAAAUCGAAAUCUCCUUUGUACCACCUUUAACUUCUAGUGUAAGGUAAAUCCUCUAAUACUGCUUAAAAAAACCCAUGACACAGAAUUUUAAUAGUUCCUCAGUGACAUGGCUCAGGAUAUGAUUCAUCUGAACCUACUAAGACUCAUUCUUUAAAAGAAAAUAGUGAGUUUAUAUUUUACAUAGGAAACAAGCUGAUUAAACGAAAUUCUGUUUCCAAUGUAUUACUUAGCGAUGCUCUUUAAGGUAAGAAUUUUCUAUUUCAUUAAAAGACUUUUCCUAUAUUUCCUCAGUUUUAUGUUAAUCAGCGUGAAUGGUAAUUUAAUAAAAGUUGCAUUGGCGGGGUGCCUGGGUGGCUCACUUGUUAAGCGUCUGCCUUCUGCUCAGGUCAUUACCCCAGGGUCCUGGGAUCGAGCCCCGCGUUGGGCUCUCUGCUCAGCGGGAAGCCUGCUUCUUCCUCUCCCUCUGCCCCUGCUUCUGUUCCCUCUCCUGCUGUCUCUCUCUCUGUGUCAAAUAAAUAAAUAUUUUUUUAUAAAAGAUGCAUUGGUAAUACUUGUCAUCUUCCAUUAACAGUUAACCAAAAAGAUGUCUAUUUGAACGGUGGCAGUAAAUUAAUAUUCAGUUCAAGUGUUUUCUUAUCAAAGUAAAAAGGCAUUUUCGUUUCACCCUGUUCAUCAGGAAGGUGGGUAACCAGGGUUGGAUUUGAUGGCAUGACAAUAUCAUGCUAUAGAAACUUAAGAAAGUGCUAAAUUAAGGGCUGAGGUGAGGUUUAAGGAUUUAUUGAAUGCAAACAUUUUGAAUACUAGAAAUGGUGACUGAAAAAAUAAGUAGGUGUUUAAGAGACAAGAUAGGCUUCUUUAUGCUUGAAAUGAUUUAAAUACACUCCUACAAGGAGGAAUUGAUUAGAAUAAUUUUAUUUUUAUCUACACUGAAACACUGGAAAUGACUUGCUAUCGAUAGAUCUAGAGGUACAGAUAGUAUUUAUAUGGAAAUGUUUUCAUCUCCAACUGACAAUAAUAACCCUCUCCAUAAGUCAUAAGAACCCUCUCCAAAGAGGUCAUAAGAACCCUCUCCAAAGAGCAAACUAUGUCUGAUCUUAUGAAAGGGUAAAAAUAGGUCAUUUUUUUCAGAAAUUUUGUUGCGAUUUACAUCUGCUGUGCAUAGAAUCCCUAUUUACUGUACAGGGUGGUGGAUUUCAAUUAUUCAAUUUCAUAUUUUUGUUCCCUCAAAAACAAUUUAAUGCAUACAAAGCAUAUUAUAGAAAUGAAUGAAAAAUUAUUAAGAGAAGUAAGUCUCAAUGUUGGAUGGUUAAUGCAUUGGAUUUUUGUUUUUGUUAUCUAUUUCAAAACUUUUUUUUCCCCCAGUCUGACCAUCAAUACAGAGAAUUAUGUUUGGCAAUAAUUUUGCUGUAGAAUAAAGUUUGUGAACCAAAACAACAACAACAAAAACAGUAUAAUCCUUAAGGCUGUGGACAAGCUAGCCACAGAAUUGGUCUCUAUAAAUAUUGCAUGAUUUACUCUCUUUGCACUAUCUGUAUCUACUCUAUAUAGAUCAUUUUGUGGGUUCUAUUGUUUUUCCUUAAAAAGACCCUUUAAGCUUUCCAUUUAAAAGACAGUAAUCCCCAGUAUGAAUAGCUUCAUAAAUUCUAUCACUGUAUAAGAAUGAAGUAGGUGAACCAACUUUAAUAUACAAAACAUUUGCAUUUAUAGUUUUUUAUAGAGUCCAACCCAAGUUCAUGUCAUUUGCAUUGACUUUCUAUUGACCCUUCCAACUGAGAGAAGUGAUGGGGUUCAUUGGCAGUAUAUGGGUAAGUUAUGGAACACAGUGAAGUGAGACCUUCUUCCAGAAUGAAGAAUCAAGAGGUCAAAAUAGAAAAGAGCUGCCUCACAUUGUAAAUGUGAUGAUUCAACCAACAAAUAGUCCAUGAUAUUUGCCAAUUAUUUAAACUGCCAGAAAACACAAACAUUUUUCAUUCACAAAUGAUAUUGAAUAAUUUAGAUCCAUCAUAUUUGAUCUUUUUUGGUAUCCUUCAGUCAUUGUUCAUAAGGUGACUUUUUAACUGGUUUGUGAUGUAAUACGUAGCCAUUGUUCAAAUCAAUAUCCUUGACUUCCGCAUUAUAGAGCAGAAAUUUUAAAAUCUUUUGAAAUUCGUGUUUCGGGUUUUUGUACAUGGUAACCAGCCAUUUGUGAAACUUGACCACAUAUAAUUGUAUUACUUAGAACAAAUGUUUUGCAACCACCUUUAAAAGAUGUUAUACAUUUCAGUAUUUUUACAAUGUCUUCUUUAGAAUGUGUGGGAACAUAUUUGUCAGGUUCAGAUGAAUUAUGUAACAAUGAAACCUCAAAGCUGUUAUGAAGUCUACAGUUUAUGAUUACUUUUGUAAAAGAAAAUUGAAAA